AUGCACGCGCAUGCACACACCGGUCCUCCUCCAGAGGUGCAGCACCCCCUCCCCCUCCACCCCCCAGCCUCUGUAUGCGCCGUCACAGUGCAGACAGAGGUUGUAAACAUGGCGGCGGACGGGAUGGUGCUCACCAACCACGACCAUCAGACCCGCGUGGGGAUCCUCACAGUGAGUGACAGCUGCUUCAAGAACCUGGCUGAGGACCGGAGCGGAGUGAACCUCAAGGACCUGGUCCACGACCCUUCAUUACUAGGAGGAGUCAUCGCAGCCUACAAGAUCGUCCCAGAUGAGAUCGAUGAGAUCAAGGAAACUCUGCUGGAGUGGUGCGAUGAGCAGGAGCUGAAUCUCAUUCUCACUACAGGAGGAACUGGCUUUGCUCCGCGAGAUGUUACACCUGAGGCCACCAGGGAGGUGAUCGAGCGAGAGGCUCCAGGAAUGGCUCUGGCCAUGCUGAUGGGAUCUCUCAACGUCACUCCGCUGGGAAUGCUGUCCAGGCCUGUCUGUGGUAUUCGUGGUAAAACUCUGAUCAUCAACCUUCCAGGCAGCAAGAAAGGCUCUCAGGAGUGUUUCCAGUUCAUCCUGCCCGCUCUCCCUCACGCCAUCGACCUGCUGCGCGAGGCCACAGUCCGAGUUAAAUCCACACACGCCGCUCUGGAGCAGCUGCCAUCCCCCUCCCCUCUGCAGGCCAACACAUAUGCCAACACACACGCCAACACACACACCAUGGAGCGUGGCACCCAGUGCGAGGAAGAGGAGGAGGAGGAGGAGGAGGACAGGAGGAGAGGUCGCCACGCACACAACCACCACCAUCACCACCACCACCACCAGCAUGGCUCCUCCCACAUCACCGCAGCCGCUAUUGCUGCCAAGACGAGCCAUGCUGUGGUCAUGGCUAAAGGGAGUCCCUACCUGCCUGGCACCACACCCGCUCCUCCCUCUCAUUUCACCUGUUCCUCUACUCAUGACCAGCAGAUCCCGGACUCGAUCAUUUCUCGAGGUGUUCAGGUGCUUCCACGAGAUUCGGCCUCUUUAAGCUCCACCCCUUCCGAGUCACCCCGGGCGACACAGGCGACCUCCCGCCUUUCCACCGCCUCGUGCCCGACGCCCAAGGUUCAGUCACGCUGUGGCAGCAAUGAGAACAUACUGAGAGCCAGCCACAGUGCAGUUGACAUCAGUAAAGUGGCUCGCCGUCAUCGUAUGUCGCCAUUCCCGCUGACAUCCAUGGACAAAGCCUUCAUCACUGUUCUAGAGAUGACGCCUAUUCUGGGAAUUGAAGUCAUUAACUACAGAGAUGGUUUGGGUCGAGUUCUCGCUCAGGACAUCUAUGCCAAAGACAACCUUCCUCCGUUCCCCGCCUCCGUUAAAGACGGCUACGCUGUGCGAGCUGCCGAUGGCCCAGGUGAUCGCUUCAUCAUGGGAGAAUCACAGGCUGGGCAACAGCCCACCCACACAGUGAUGCCAGGUCAGGUGAUGAGGGUAACAACCGGUGCUCCCAUUCCCUGUGGAGCCGACGCUGUGGUCCAAGUAGAAGACACAGAGCUGCUGAGGGAGUCUGAGGAUGGCACAGAGGAGCUGGAGGUGAGGAUCAUGGUCCAGGCCCGACCCGGACAGGACAUCAGGCCAAUAGGACAUGACAUCAGGCGAGGGGAGUGCGUGCUGGCUAAAGGUACGCACAUGGGCCCGUCAGAGAUUGGUCUGCUUGCCACGGUGGGGGUGACUGAGGUCAGUGUGCACAAGUUCCCUGUGGUUGCUGUGAUGUCCACCGGAAACGAGCUGCUAAACCCAGAGGAUGAUCUCCACCCGGGGAAGAUCAGAGAUUCGAACCGCUCCACUCUCCUCGCCACCAUCCAGGAGCACGGAUACCCCACCAUCAACCUCGGCAUCGUCGGAGACAACCCUGAUGACCUGCUGUCAGCUCUGCACGAGGGAAUCAGUCGCGCUGAUGUCAUCAUCACCUCAGGGGGCGUGUCCAUGGGAGAGAAGGACUACCUGAAACAGGUGCUGGAUAUCGACCUGCACGCGCAGAUUCACUUUGGCAGAGUCUUCAUGAAGCCAGGUCUUCCCACUACCUUUGCCACAGUCGACAUUGAUGGGACACGAAAGCUCAUCUUUGCCCUGCCAGGUAACCCAGUGUCCGCUGUGGUGACGUGUAACCUGUUUGUGAUUCCUGCUCUGAGGAAGAUGCAAGGCAUUCUGGAUCCUAGACCUACAAUCAUCAAAGCGAGGCUGUCCUGUGAUGUUAAGCUGGACCCCAGACCAGAGUACCACCGCUGUAUUCUCACCUGGCAUCAUCAGGAGCCGCUGCCCUGGGCUCAGAGCACAGGUAACCAGGUCUCCAGCAGGCUGAUGUCGAUGCGUAGCGCCAACGGCCUGCUGAUGCUGCCUCCUAAAACAGAGCAGUACGUGGAGCUCCAUAAGGGAGAAGUCGUGGACGUCAUGGUCAUUGGACGGCUAUGAUGCAGACUGAAACGUCACUCGCUACCGAUUACCGUGGCAGCGCCAGGACUUCUUGUCUGCACAGGAAACAGCCGGGGGGGGCGGGAAGUGGUGCAUGUCUACCUGGUCGCCAUUAGCUGUGAUGUCAUAUGCAACAGCCAAUCGGAGCCAGCGCAGGCUGAGUCCUCAUUGGUCUGCUCUGAGGAGAUCACUGUAUUUCAAUGGAGAAAAAAAUGUUAAAAAAAAUAUAUAAAAUAUGAGAUUUAUUCUGUAAUAUUAUUAUCCUGAUGAUAAUGAUUAUUAAUAUUCUUAAUUAAUAUUCUAUUUAUUAUUAUUAUCAUGGUUCUGACUUAAUAUUAUCAUCUUAGUAGUAUUCAUGCCUUCUUCUCUCCUCUUCAUUUGCUUUGUGCGUUUUUCCCGGGUAGAUUAGAGAUAUAGAGACUCUCCCCUCCUUCUCCUCCUCCUCCUCCUUCUUUUUCUACCCCUGCUCUGCUCUGGCGUCUUCCCUCCUGCUAUAGAAACUCCCCGAUAACCCUGCCGUUUCACUACAUCUCCUCCUGGAUCACACCGACUCCAAACAUCAGCAAAAUAUUACUAAAAUAUGAACUAAAGGCUGAUGAAGACGUCCUCUGAGUGAAGCUGCUCGUACUGUUUGUGCCACUACAGUAAAUAUUUUUUGCCAAAAGAAAAAAAAAAGUUGCAGGCACCCUUUGUGUUCAGUUAAACUUUUCUGCAGAUUUAACCCUUUCAGACCAUCUGAAGACAUCUCAAUGAAGCCAUGAAAUCGUGCUCGGUGGGUCAGCGGCUCAUCUUUGGAGCACUGAACGAUUUCUCUGCUCUGACAUCGAAUAUAAACAUG